CCGGGGCGGGGCGGGCCGAUCUCGGCGCAGCCAGUCCCAGACCCGGCCCGGCCCACGCAGGUGGAGGGAGCGGCCUCCCCCGCUACUUCCUGCCGGCCUGGCCCGGCGCCUCCAUCCGCCAGGCAGCGGCCCCGACCCUCAGCCCCCCGCACGGCCGCCAUGUCGUUCAGGAAGGUUGUGCGCCAGAGCAAGUUCCGCCAUGUCUUCGGGCAGCCCGUCAAGAAUGACCAGUGCUAUGAUGACAUCCGCGUCUCCCGCGUCACCUGGGACAGCAGUUUCUGUGCCGUCAACCCCAAGUUCGUGGCAGUGAUCGUGGAGGCCAGCGGGGGAGGGGCCUUCAUGGUGCUGCCAGUGCUCAAGACAGGCCGCAUCGAUAAGUCGUACCCCACAGUGUGUGGGCACACGGGCCCUGUCCUGGACAUCGACUGGUGCCCGCACAAUGACCAUGUCAUCGCCAGCGGCUCCGAGGACUGCACCGUCAUGGUCUGGCAGAUCCCAGAGAAUGGACUAACACAGCCCUUGACAGAGCCCGUGGUGGCCCUGGAGGGGCACUCGAAGCGCGUGGGCAUCGUCACCUGGCACCCAACCGCCCGCAAUGUCCUUCUCAGCGCAGGCUGUGAUAACAUGGUGAUUGUGUGGAACGUGGGCACGGCUGAGGAGCUGUACCACCUGGACAGCAUGCACCCCGACCUCAUCUACAACGUCAGCUGGAGCCACGACGGGAGCCUCUUCUGCUCCGCCUGCAAGGACAAGAGCGUGCGCAUCGUGGAUCCCCGCCGAGGGGUGGUCGUGGCGGAGAAGGAGCGUGCACAUGAGGGAGCGCGGCCCAUGCGUGCCAUCUUCCUGGCUGACGGCAAGAUCUUCACCACAGGCUUCAGCCGCAUGAGUGAGCGGCAGCUGGCGCUCUGGGACCCGGAGAACCUGGAAGAGCCCAUGGCGCUGCAGGAGCUGGACUCCAGCAACGGAGCCCUGCUGCCCUUCUACGACCCCGAUACCAAUGUCAUCUAUGUCUGUGGCAAGGGGGACUCAAGCAUCCGGUACUUUGAGAUCACAGAGGAGCCACCCUACAUCCACUUCCUGAACACCUUCACCAGCAAGGAGCCCCAGCGUGGCAUGGGCUGGAUGCCCAAGCGGGGUCUGGACGUCAGCAAGUGUGAGAUCGCCAGGUUUUACAAGCUUCACGAGCGCAAGUGUGAGCCCAUCAUCAUGACAGUGCCAAGGAAGUCGGACCUGUUCCAGGACGACCUGUACCCAGACACGGCUGGGCCAGAUGCAGCCAUGGAGGCCGAGGAAUGGGUGGCCGGGAAGACAGCAGGUCCCGUGCUGAUCUCACUGCGCGAAGCCUACGUGCCCAGCAAGCAGCGGGACCUGAAAAUCAGCAAGAAGAAUGUGCUGCAUGAGAGCCACCCAGCUCCCGCCUCCAGCACCGGCAGUGCCACACGCCUCAGUGCCACGGCCGCGCCCGCCACGGUGCCCAGCAUCAGCAUCAGCACUGCCCCUGGGGGUGGCGGGCGGCUGGAGGAGGUGCUGCAGGAACUGCAGGCACUGCGGCUGCAGGUGAAGGAGCAGGGUGAGCGCAUCAGCAGGCUGGAGGAGCAGCUGAGCCGCAUGGAGAAUGGGGAUGUCUAGGGUGGGGGUGGGGGGGGCGCAGUGCCCCCCUCCUUAAAGGGAUCGCAUAAACCAGGGUUUUGACUCUUCACCUCGGCGCUGCCAGUAACUGCCCCCCCCCCUGAGGUGAGGGGGGGGGCCCUGGGCCCCACUCCCACCUCUUCCCUUUCUGCUCUGCCAUGGGGAAACUUCUCCCUCUUUUAUAUGGCUGACCAAAACACCCCACCUCUUAAAGGAGUGGUUGGUUCUCUCACACACCCCCUGCCUUAGGCAGCAUCGCCCCCUCCUGGAAGCUCCUCCCAGUGAGCGGGGUCACUCACCCCAAGAAGCUGAUGUGCUGGGGGGUGGUUUCCUGCCUCUCAGCCCCAUGGUGGGGGAUGGUGCUGGGUUCAGCUCUGUCCUUUUCUUCCCAGCCCCAUGCAGGGGCCCCUCUCUGCUUGCGCAACCCCCUCCCCUCCCAGCACACAUCUAGGGGAGACAAACGCUAAGCUCCACCCCCAUCCGCCCAUGCUGCUGGCGGAGGUUGGGUGCAGCCUGGCUCCGCCCCCCUCUUCCUGUGCCCAUGGGAGCGCAGGGGGCGAGAUCGAUGGGUCGCUGUGCUCAGCCCUCCCCUUUAAAUCAGACUUGGGUCUGCAGCUGCCACCACCAUGCCAGUGCAGUGGGGUCAGAGCAUGGCACGGGCCCUGGAACCCACCCCUGUUUUUAUGUGACUGUGCCCUCUUUAAUAGCCACAGGGGGGCAGUCAUAGCAGGGACCAUUCAGACCCAGCAAAGUGGCUUCUGCCUAGAUGCAAUUAAGGAAAAGAAAAAAACCACACACAGAGCCCUGUGCAGGGCCAGAUCUAUAUUUUCAUUCCAAAUAAAAGGUCUUUAUAAUAAA